CAUUUUAUCAGAAGUGGAACUUCCUCCCAUUUCUUCAGGUUCCUUAUCAACAUCAUACUGUUAUGAGCCCAGGGGAUCAGCGUAAGACAAGUGUCUAUCCCUUUGUUCCCACUCUAGAAUCUCCCAGCAUCUCUCAGAAAGAAACACCAAAAAAGACUGUUAAUAUGGAAUCAACUGAAGUAUUCACCGAGCAGAAAACUGAGCUGACUGAAGAAGCAAAGAAUUACCAAAAAUAUCUGAAAAAAAUCAACCAAUAUUAUCAGUUCACCUUGCCCCAAUAUGUAAAAUAUCAAUAUCGCAAAAUUAUGGAACCAUGGAAAAACAUGAAGACAAAUGCUUACCAAGUUAUCCCCGCUCUGAGGGAUUUUUAAGAUUCUCGAAUUCACUGCUUCUACUUUACUUUG